UGGAACUAUUGAUCUUACAAGAACGGAUCCAAGAAUUCUCAUCGAAUUACUUCCAGCGGCUGAUGAAUUAGCUCUUACUGAAUUAUGUGACCAUCUCGAAGAACAUCUUGUAGAUUAUAAUGUCAGAUCUUCGAUAAAACAAAAUUUCGUUCUUUCACAUCGAAUAGCGAAUCAACAUCGUUUUGAAAAAUUCUCUGCUUUAUGUGAAAAAAUUCUCAGUCAAGAUCCCGGCGCAUUGUUUAACGCUAACGAUUUCACUGACAUAGAACAUGAUGUGUUAUUAUCCAUCUAUCGUGAUUGUCAUUCUCAAUUCAGAGAAAUAGAUUUAUGGAAUAAGUUAUUGGAAUGGUCAAUUGUAAACACUCCUUCAUUACCUCACGACAUAUCGCAAUGGACGAUCGAUGAUAUAUCAACUUUUGGUGCUUUGGCGAAGCCUUUCAUUGAAUAUAUUAAUCUUAUUUUUAUAAGCCCUGAUGAUUUUUUUCAUAAAAUUAGACCUUUUCGCAGAAUUUUUGAUGUAGAACAUUAUAUACAAAUCUUGGAAUAUCAUAGCUUCGCUCAACUUCGUGAAAAUACGCUUUUUAAUAAGCCUGUUCAACCAAAUUUGGAUUCAAAGAUAAUUUCUAUGCAGCAUAUGGCCUUGAUUUCUAAAUGGAUCACUGAAUCUAAAGAUGUUUCUAACUUAGCUGGCUCGGUUUCUACUAAUCCUCCAUCUUAUAAAUUUAAAUUGUUAUUACGAGGAAGUCACGAUGGUUUCACUCCAAAAAUGUUUCACGCUUAUUGCGACCAAAAAGGUCCUACCGUUACCGUUAUUCAUACUACAAAAAAGAAAAUUAUUGGCGGUUAUAAUCCUUUAGACUGGCAUUCAAGAUUUAUUAGUCAUUCCAUGGACAAUUAUGAGCGAACUAAUGAAAGUUUUAUUUUUUCUCUAGACCCAAAACUUGCUAAUCAAUCUAUUGUUAGUAAGAUUAAAGAUGAUAAAUAUGCUAUUUAUCAACGAAUUUACGCUGGUCCUUGUUUUGGUAAUGGUGGUGAUUUAAUAAUUAAAGAGAAAACUGGUUUUUGUUAUAAAAAAAGUUAUGAAAACAGUAUUAUACAGGAAGGUGAAAGUAAUGAAUUUUUGAUUAAUGAUUAUGAG